GGAAAAGAGACCCUAAUGCAGGAAGGUGCUGGGGAUACGAUAGAGGCAAUGGAUACUCAAGCAGGCUUUGUGGAUGAGAACAAUCGGCAGUUGGGAGAAUCCUGCCUGCCCUUCAUGACCAACUACAGUUUUCGUUGCAAUGUGUGCCGUCAUAGUGGGAAUACCUAUUUCCUCCGCAAGCGCAACUUGAAGGAAAUGUGCCGUAGUGCUUUGGCCAACCUGACAUGGCAAUCUCGAACACAAGAUGAGCAUCCAAAAACUAUGUUUUCCAAGGAUAAGGAUAUCAUACCAUUUAUUGAUAAAUACUGGGAAUGCAUGACAACCAGACAGCGACCUGGAAAAAUGACUUGGCCAAAUAAAAUUGUUAAAAUAAUGAGUAAAGAAAGAGAUGUUUUCUUGGUAAAGGAGCAUCCUGAUCCUGGGAGUAAGGACCCAGAAGAAGAAUAUCCAAAAUUUGGACUUCUGGAUCAGGAUCUUAGUAACAUUGGUCCUGCUUAUGACAAUCAAAAACAAAGCAGUGCCAUGUCUACUGGUGGAAAUCUAAAUGGGGGAAUUACAGCAGGAAGUAGUGGAAAAGGAAGAGUAGCAAAGCGCAAACAACAGGAUGGAGGAACCACAGGGACGGCAAAGAAGGCCCGGAGUGAUCCUUUGUUUUCUGCCCAGCGCCUUCCCCCUCAUGGUUACCCCUUAGAACACCCAUUUAACAAGGAUGGCUACCGGUAUAUUCUAGCUGAGCCUGAACCCCACGCUCCUGAUCCUGAGAAACUUGAACUUGGCUGUUGGGCAGGAAAACCUAUUCCUGGAGAUCUCUACAGAGCCUGCCUGUAUGAACGGGUUUUGUUAGCCUUACAUGAUCGAGCUCCCCAGUUAAAGAUCUCUGACAACAGGCUCACCGUGGUUGGAGAGAAAGGCUAUUCUAUGGUUCGAGCUUCUCACGGUGUUCGGAAAGGCACCUGGUACUUUGAAAUCACAGUGGACGAGAUGCCUCCUGACACUGCAGCCAGACUUGGUUGGUCCCAGCCGUUAGGUAAUCUUCAGGCUCCUUUAGCUUAUGAUAAAUUUAGCUAUUCUUGGCGGAGCAAAAAAGGGACCAAGUUUCACCAGUCUAUUGGCAAACACUACUCCUCUGGCUAUGAGCAGGGAGAUGUCCUGGGAUUUUACAUCAAUCUCUCUGAAGACACAGAGACCGCCAAGUCACUGCCUGAUACUUACAAAGAUGAAGAUCUGAUAAAAUUAAAGAGUUAUCUGUAUUUUGAGGAAAAAGACUUUGUGGAUAAAGCAGAGAAGAGCCUCAAGCAGAUGCCACAUAGUGAGAUAAUAUUUUAUAAAAACGGCGUCAACCAAGGUGUGGCUUACAAAGACAUCUUUGAGAGAGUGUACUUUCCCGCCAUCUUGCUGUACAAGAGCUGCACAGUUUCCAUUAACUUUGGACCAUGUUUCAAGUUUCCUCCAAAGGAUCUCACUUACCGCCCUAUGAGUGACAUGGGCUUGGUGGAGCAUACCCUGGCUGAUGUCUUAUAUCACAUGGAGACAGAAGUGGAUAGGAGGCAUAGUCCCCCCUGGGAGCCCUGACCAUGACCCUCUUAUUUCUGUCUUUGCUGACCUGAAAUUUCUGGGAAAAAUGAGCAGGACAGGGGGUGGAGGUGUUUUUGAAAUAUUGCAGAUGUUUUAUAAAGGAUGCUGCACAACAGGGCUUUGAGCAAGUUCAAGGCUGGGCAGGCCUAGGAGAAACCUGUCCUCAACCCACUCCCUACUCUUGGUGGCUGCUCUUACCUUGGUGCCCACUGCCAACAACUGCUGACCCUCACCCCUCCUUCCUUAAGCUUCCUGUGAAACUGGUGCUGUGUGCCACAUGUCCCACUAACUAGGACUUGUUAUCUUAUCGUAUUUUCUAAGGUGUGAAUCUUGUCUGUAACACAUGUAAAACUGUUUCCAUCUGUGGUUAUUGACUUCAUCCUCUCUAAUCUCCAACGCUAAAAUCAAUGACUCCACAUUCCAAACUACUCCAAAAACUUAUGUGUGGGAUUGUGUUAAUAAUUUGAACACUGGCAUCUCUGAAACUAUUAGUUCUCUAGAACAGUAAUUAUGAAAGGAGCAUGCUUGUAGCUUUCA